AUGACGACGGCGGCGCGCCCCACCUGGGCGCCGGCCAAGGGCGGCAACGAGCAGGGGGGCACGCGCAUCUUCGGCCCCUCCCAGAAGUACUCCUCCCGCGACCUCGCCGCGCACACCUCCCUCAAGCCCAGGCUGAGGUUUGUUCCUACACGACUCACUAUUUUUGCCCAUGUGUACAGAAAAGACGGUCAACAGACCCAAGAGGAGUUACAGAAGAGGAACCUUAGGGAGGAACUUGAGGAACGUGAGCGCAAGCACUACUCUUCCAAGGAUAAGUCCUAUGCUGGUAUACCUACUUUCUCUGUCUCGUUCUUUUGUGUUUUCUGUACAGGAAGAAAGAGACCGACGGAAAAGUUCAAGCCAGCUACUCUUAGAAGGUUGGUGGAACGAACGCUGCAUCAAUAUCUGUUUAUGCUGUGGCUUAGUGACAACUUAUUCCUUUCUUGCUGUAACACUCAGGUUCAAAGAGAGGCCGAGGAUAAGAUAGUUCCACGAGAUAUUGAUGCAGAUGACUCCGAUGUGGAGCCUAAAAGUGAUGAUGAGAGCGAUGAAGAUGAUGACGAUGACGAUGACACUGAAGCUCUAAUGGCGGAGCUUGAGAGGAUUAAGAAAGAAAGAGCCGAGGAGAAGCUUAGAAAGGAGCGGCAACAAGCAGAAGAGGAGGCUAAGAUGAAGGAGGCUGAACUGAUGCGAGGAAACCCUUUGAUUAAUAUCAACAAUCCAGGCUCCUUCAGUGUUAAGAGAAGGUGGGAUGAUGAUGUGAUAUUUAAGAACCAGGCACGCGGAGAGACCAAGACACCGAAACGGUUUAUCAACGACACCAUCAGGAGUGAUUUCCACCGUAAAUUUCUGCAGAGGUACAUGAAGUGA